CAAUGGAGUCGCCGCCGCCGUCGUCUGUGGUUUCCGAGCUCGAAGGGACUCUCUUGAAAGACCCCUCUCCCUUCUGCUACUUCAUGCUGGUGGCGUUUGAGGCCUCUGGGAUAAUCCGGUUUGCUUUGUUGCUAAUUUUGUGGCCCGUCGUGAGGUUUCUGGAGCUCUGCGGCCGAGGGGACGCCGGGCUGAAGGUGGCGAUUUUUGUGGCGACGGCCGGCGUGAAGGUGGCGGAGAUUGAGGCGGUGGCGAGGGCGGUUCUGCCCAAAUUCUACUUCGACGAUGUUGACUUGGAGGCUUGGGGGAGUUUCUGCUUGUUUCGGAGGCGGGUUGUGGUUUCGAGGAUGCCGAGGAUUAUGGUGGAGAGGUUUGCUAAGGAGCACUUGCAGGCCGAUGAUGUCGUCGGGAGUGAACUCGCCGUCAACCGGUUUGGAUUCGCCACCGGAUUUGUUAAAGAGGAUUUCGGUGUCUCCAUUUGUAGAGAUGUUUCUAGCUUGUUUGCAGAUGAUGAUCAACCCUGCUUGGGUAUGGGAAGACCUCAAUCUUCUACUUCAUUCCUUCCAUUAUGCAAGGAAGAGUUGCAUCCGCCAUUUAUGAGUGGCAAGAAGAAUGGCGGGGAAUUAAUAAAGCCGCUACCGGUGAUCUUCCACGACGGCCGCCUGGCAAAGCGGCCGACACCGGGGACGGCGCUGAUGAUCCUAGUAUGGAUACCGAUUGGGAUUCUACUGGCGGCUGUUCGUAUUGGAUUAGGGCUACUUCUCCCCAUAUGGAUCAUGCCUAUCAUAGCUCCGUUGUUAGGAGGCGAAGUCAUAGUGAAAGGCAAGCCGCCGCUGCCGGCGGUGGCGGCCGGCUCCGGCUCCGGAUCCGGCGUGCUCUUCGUCUGCACCCACCGAACACUAAUGGAUCCCGUGGUUCUCUCCGCCGUUCUCCAGCGCAAAAUCCCGGCCGUGACCUACUCCAUUUCGCGAUUAUCCGAAAUCCUCUCGCCGAUCCCCACUCUCCGGCUGACGCGCAGCCGCGACCUCGACGCCGAGAUGAUCACGCACGAGCUCGAGAAAGGAGACGUCGUCGUUUGCCCCGAAGGGACCACUUGCAGAGAACCGUUUCUGUUACGAUUCAGCGCACUUUUCGCCGAAUUAACCGACCGGAUCGUCCCCGUCGCCAUGAACACUCGGGUCGGGUUCUUCCACGCAACCACCGCGAGGGGAUGGAAAGGCAUGGACCCCAUCUUCUUCUUCAUGAACCCUAGACCGGUUUACGAGGUCACGUUUUUGAACCAGUUGCCGGCGGAAGCCACGUGCUCGUCGGGGAAAAGCCCCUACGAUGUCGCUAACUACGUGCAGAUGAUCUUGGCCGCCACGUUAGGGUUCGAGUGCACUAAUUUUACGAGGAAAGACAAGUACAGGGUUCUCGCCGGAAAUGAUGGAACGGUGUUUUCCGGUAAUUCCGCCGCCAGCAACGGCGUUGAAAGACUGGCUUGCGCUUUCAAGAAGGUGGUGGGUACUUUCAAGCCUUUUAUUAUAUAUUCACUGAAACAAGUAAAAUGAACUUAUAGGAGGACCAUACUUUUUAAAUAUUAUUAUAUGUAUUAUACUUUUUGUGUAAGCGGACAAGGUUUGUAUUUUUUAUUAGCGAGUUUUUUUUUUUUUUUUUAGUUUGAAUUUUUUUUAAUGAAGUGUUGAAUAAUGUAUUUAAAUAGAAUCAACACUCGACAGUGUUGUUAACGUGACUUUA